CAAAAGAAAUUUCUCCUCAUUUUAGCGCCCACCAAAACAAAUCUCAAUUGUAUUUUUGGCCUUUUUGGCUGUUGUUUGUUUGAACUUUCUAUUCUAAGUUCAGACGGCGAUUCAGAGGACCAGACUUGCAGAGGAUCUACGUCACAUUCCUUUUUGGCUCGACAUGCAAUGAUUCUACGCUAAUUACACAUCACUCCUCAACGCUUCCCAAACUCCCAGAAAAACCCCAUUUCCACCAAAAGUUAAGGCCCUCCCCCCCCCUCUGCCAUUCAUCGCGCCGUCACACUUCAGUUCCCCACCGUCCGGUCUGACGAUCUCCAACCACCCCCGUCAUUUUCCACCCAUUCAACGGUACCCCCAUUUCUCCACGUCAUCCACUGGACACCACACGCAUCCCUCCAUUUCCCUCGAAUUUCUUUCUCCCUUCUUCUUCUUCUUCUUCUUCCUUAUUCGAUCCCGAAAAAUCUUCAUUUUCCGAUCUUUCACCGGAAAGAUCUUCUUCUUCUUCCCUACUACUGAUUAAAAGUGCGGUUUUGGGUUGACUCCAAUGUGGAGCAUGGACCCAAUCAUUGGAGUUGGGGUUUUAGAUUUAUCUAACGUGAUGGUCAGGCAUUUAAUGAACUAAUCAUUCUUUUGGUGUAUACAUACAAAAACAUGUAUGUAUAGACUAGGUUUAGUUGCAGCAAUUGUAUACGUAUAUAGGCACAUGCAUCGAUGAUUAGGCGUAGAAAGGCGGGUGCGGAACCCAAAAAACCUCUGACUUCAUCACCGCUGCAAUCAGAAUCCGACGAAAAUAAGGAUCAAAAGAAAAACUUUGAAGCUGAAAAUGGAAAGUUAAAUGUAAAUGAGAACGAGAAUGAGAAUUCCAAGAAUUUGAAUUGGAAAUCGAGUACGAAGUCGAGGGGGAGAUCGUGGAAUUGUUUGGAUAGUUGUUGUUGGUUUGUAGGUUAUAUAUGCUCGAUAUGGUGGUUUUUGUUGUUCUCUUACAAUGCAAUGCCGGCGUCUUUCCCGCAGUACGUGACGGAGGCAAUCACAGGGCCGUUGCCAGACCCGCCGGGAGUGAAACUGGCGAAGGAAGGGUUGAAGGCAAAGCAUCCGGUGGUUUUUGUGCCCGGGAUAGUGACUGGAGGGCUAGAGUUGUGGGAAGGGCAUCAUUGUGCUGAAGGGCUGUUUAGAAAGAGGCUCUGGGGUGGUACAUUUGGCGAAAUCUAUAAAAGACCUUUGUGUUGGGCUGAGCACAUGUCACUGGAUAAUGAAACUGGUUUGGAUCCUCCUGGUAUAAGGAUCAGACCUGUAUCUGGACUUGUGGCAGCUGAUUACUUUGCACCAGGUUAUUUUGUAUGGGCUGUUUUGAUAGCUAAUUUGGCGCGCAUCGGAUAUGAAGAGAAAAACAUGUACAUGGCUGCUUAUGAUUGGAGGAUAUCGUUCCAGAAUACUGAGGUUAGAGACCAAACUUUGAGCACUAUAAAGAGUAACAUAGAACUGAUGGUAGCUACAAGUGGUGGAAAAAAGGUGGUGGUAAUUCCUCAUUCAAUGGGUGUUUUGUACUUCCUGCAUUUUAUGAAAUGGGUUGAGGCUCCAGCUCCCAUGGGUGGCGGAGGUGGCUCAGACUGGUGUGCUGAGCAUAUCAAGGCUGUAAUGAAUAUUGGUGGACCAUUUCUGGGUGUCCCAAAAUCAGUUGCUGGGUUACUUUCUGCAGAAGCCAGAGAUAUAGCCGUGGCCAGGGGUAUGGCACCAGGUUUUCUGGAUAUGGAUGUAUUUGGUCUUCAAACUUUGCAACAUGUCAUGCGAAUGACUCGUACCUGGGAUUCAACCAUGUCAAUGAUUCCAAAGGGUGGGGACACUAUUUGGGGUGGCCUUGACUGGUCUCCAGAAGAAGGGUAUGAGUGUAGCCCAAAGAAACAGAAGAACAACAAUAGUGAAGCAGGAGGCCAAAAUGGGUUUGGGAAUCUGGGUAAUGCAACUCAGGUUCAUUACGGAAUAAUGAUUUCAUUUGGGAAGGGUGUAGCUGAGUUACAUUCAUCAAAGCUUGAAAGAGUUGAUUUUAGGGGUGCUAUGAAGGGCAAUCACCUUGCAAAUACAACGUGUCACGAUGUAUGGAAUGAAUACCAUGAUAUGGGUGUUGAGGGUGUCAAAGCUGUUGCAGAUUUUAAGGUUUACACAGCAGGAUCAGUUUUGGAUUUACUUCACUUUGUGGCACCAAAGAUGAUGAAACGAGGUGGUGCACAUUUUUCAUAUGGAAUCGCUGAUGAUCUGGAUGAUGAAAAAUAUGAACACUACAAAUAUUGGUCAAAUCCUUUGGAAACAAAAUUACCAAAUGCCCCAGACAUGGAAAUUUUGUCAAUGUAUGGAGUUGGCAUCCCCACGGAAAGAGCAUAUGUUUACGAGUUUAGUCCUACCCCUGAGUGCUUUACCCCUUUCCGGAUCGAUACCUCAGCUGAAGCUGGAUAUGAAGGUACUUGUUUAAAAGGGGGAGUAUUUUCUGUUGAUGGAGAUGAAACAGUUCCUACACUUAGCGCAGGUUUCAUGUCUGCAAAAGGUUGGCGCGGAAAGACUCGGUUUAAUCCUUCUGGCAUCCGUACCUACAUAAGGGAGUAUAAUCACGCGCCUCCAGCUAAUCUUCUAGAGGGAAGGGGUACACAAAGUGGUGCUCAUGUUGAUAUAAUGGGAAAUUUUGCACUGAUUGAAGAUAUUCUCAGGGUAGCAGCUGGUGCUACUGGUCAAGACCUUGGCGGAGAUAGAGUGUACUCUGAUAUUUUCAAAUGGUCUGAGAGGAUUAAUUUAAAACUCUAGAUUUUAGAGUGUUCCAGUGCGGAGGCUGAGUCACUAAAGGGGCAGUUGUGCCUGCACAGGAGCAUUACAAUUAGGUUGAAGAGGAAAUAUAAUCCAUCUGUCAUCGGAAGCUGGAUGCUGUUCCUCUCAAAAUGAAGUUGUGCAGGCUAAGCUAAUCUGUAGCGUAUAUUUGUACGCUAGCAUAAUGAAUGGGAAACAUGGAUUCUGGUUUGCAUAACAGCGGCCUAUAUCCAUGGCCCCAGAAAUUUUGACCUUUUCUUUGGGGGUUGGUUAUUGUUCUUGCGUAAUUAACACUAAUCUCUGCAAAAGUUAGAGCGUCUUCUGUUACAAAUUUUGGCAGUCGUAACCAUCAUUUUGAUUUUGUCAUAACUUUUCGUAGCAUUUGUUGUUAGGAUGUUAGAAUUGCAUGGUGCACUAUUUUCCUGA